AUAUCAGUUCUGUUAUACUCAGACAUUUAACAGUUUUAGAAACGUUAGAGUGUUUUCUAUCCAAAUCUACAAAUUAUAUGCAUAUCCUAGCUUCUGGGCCUCAGUAACAGGCAGUUUACUUUGGGCACGCUUUUCAUCCGGACAUCAAAAUACUGCCCCCUACCCAAGAGAGGUUAAUUGAUAAAUCACCAGCAUUCCAUGUAACUUUGAAUACAUAUAUUAGAUUAUUUACUUUGGUUAAUGGGCCAGUUUCCCAGACACAGAUUAAGUCUAGUCCUGGACCUUAAAGAACUUUCUAUUGAAACUUCCAUUGGGCAUGCUUUUUAGUCCAGCACUAGACUCAAUCUGUGUCCAGGAAACAGGCCCCAUAUGUAUUACUGAUAUGCUUGUCCUUGUUCAGGACUCCACACACUGGCUUCAGAUUGAACCCUUGACUUCCACUGUCCAGGGAGUGACAAUGUUCAGACACAGGACACCCAAAGGGAGUUAUGAGUGCACAGUGUCUGGGCUCCGCUGGCUGUGUGAGAGAGAUGUCAUUCUGAAGUAUCACUUCAGGAACUGGGAACACUACAGUCAACUUCUGCAAGACAUGCAGUACACACAAGGUGGUCCAUUGCUGGACAUCACUAUGGAGUUAGGUGAACUGGAGGAAGUUCAUCUGCCACACUUUGUCUGUUUAGGGACCAACCCUUCCCUGAGGAAUGAGAUGAAGAUUCUUCAUGUAGAGGAACAUGGAGUGUCUUUUGAGGAAGUGCAUGAGGUCACCAGAUUCCAUGCUAAGAUUCUCCAUCCCAAGUUCUCAUCUGUCUCUGUUGUACUGAACUAUAUCGCCUGUUGGAACGUAGAUGUCCACUGUGACGGGAUCCUCUAUUUGGCAGUAAAAAGGUCAACAGUAAUUUCAAGGCUGUACCUGCUCCUCAGAAACUCCAGUCAGAAAGAGGCUGUUCAGGAACGGGAGAAAAAUCAGCUGUCCCAAGGAUAUUCAGAAUUUCUCCUGUCAAAUCCAAACGGGUCCUUAACCUGUGUCAAAACCGGCCCACCUGUGGGGAAGAGGUUUGACUAUCUGUCAGCCAUUUGCCAAGCUGAUCUGAGCCUUUGGAUCCUCGACCAGGAGAGUCACGACAGUUCCCCUCUGCCAUUUUCCAAGCUGAUCUGA